GAACGGGCACGGAGAGAGCUGCUGCAGCCGCCUGUGUGUGCAUUUUGGAGAUGCGAUCGUAAUAAAUAGCAUUGACUAAGGUAGAUACCGAAUACACUAAUACAGCCCACCGAGACCGAGAAAAAAAAGGUUGCCCAGGAAAUAAAACAUGGCAGAGCAGCAGAGGCAGCGAUCCCUGUCCACAUCUGGGGAGACUCUCUAUCACGUCCUUGGCAUCGACAAAAAUGCCACACCAGACGACAUCAAGAAAUCUUACAGGAAACUUGCACUGAAGUAUCACCCUGACAAGAAUCCAGACAACCCAGAAGCUGCGGAAAAGUUUAAAGAGAUCAACAACGCCCAUGCGAUCCUGAACGACCCCACAAAGCGCAACAUCUACGACAAGUACGGCUCUCUGGGGCUGUACGUGGCAGAGCAGUUUGGGGAGGAGAAUGUCAAUACGUACUUCGUGCUGUCCAGCUGGUGGGCAAAGGCCCUGUUCGUGUUCUGCGGCCUGAUAACAGGCUGCUACUUCUGCUGCUGCCUUUGCUGCUGCUGUAACUGCUGCUGUGGGAAGUGUAAACCCAAACCUCCCGAGGGCGAGGAGCACGAGUUCUACGUCUCCCCGGAAGACCUGGAAGCACAGCUACAGUCUGACGAGAGAGAGGGAGAGGCCCCAAUUGUGAUGCAGCCAUCCUCAGCCACAGAAACCACUCAGCUGACAGCCGACAGCCACCCUAGCUACCACACCGACACAGGAUUUAACUAGAUCUCCCUGCCAGGGCCUGUAAAUUCAGAGUUUUAACAAGGAAACAAGGGGUCAGUUCAACACUGGAAAGAGAACGUCAAGGGAGAGAUGGGGAGAAUGAACUUUCACAGACAUGUUCUGCCAUGGCAGCAACAGACAUCAGAAUUCAUUACAAAUUAUUUUUUUGCCUCCGAUCUCCACUACUCACAAUCCUAUCCACCUCAUGUGAAG